AUGGACAUGGUGCCGGUGUCCCGAGGGGCCACCAAGGAUGUGCUGGCGAUGGCCAACCUGGAGGUGGACCUGUCCAAGAUCCAGCCGGGCCAGACCAUCACGGUGAAGUGGCGCGGCAAGCCCGUCUUCAUCCGGCGCCGGACCGAGGACGACAUCGCCAAGGCCAAUGCGGUGGAGCUGUCCAACCUGCGGGACCCCGAGCCCGACUCGGUGCGCGUGAAGAACCCGGAGUGGCUCAUCGUCAUCGGCGUGUGCACCCACCUGGGCUGCGUCCCGCUGCCCAACGCCGGCGACUACCAGGGCUGGUUCUGCCCCUGCCACGGCUCCCACUACGACACCUCGGGCCGCAUCCGGAAGGGGCCCGCCCCGUACAACCUGGAGGUCCCCACCUACUCCUUCAUGGACGAUGACAAGGUCGUGGUCGGGUAG